UAAAAUCUGCCAGUUACCUCGGCAUUACGUCAUCUGUAUUAUGUCCUUAACAAUGUGUUAAUUGUUCAAGAUUACGACUUAAGCAGUUUGUUGGCCAUACCUGUAUACUGGACGAGUCGGAGGCGGCGCAAAAGAGUAAGAUACAGACAUUGUAAAACGUUUGCAAUCAACUGGAGACGGAUUCUCUUGAUAAAGUUUAAGGUAGAUUUUACGAAAAAUCUAAGUAUGCAAUAUUGAAGUGCUUAUGCUUAUACUCGUUGAUAACUGCAUUGUGACAGACAGGUAAUGAGACCGGAUAUUCGAAGUGCGGCGACAAGACCACUUGUCUUCGCUAAGAUGGUGAAGUAGACGUCAGGACCUGCCAGAUUAAUGUGCGACAUUCAGAAGAUCACUAGCUGCUAUUCUUGUGAUAUGGAUUUAUGGCGGAGGUGUCGAAAAUAAGCUUGUUUUUAUGGUUGGUGUUCUUCGGUAUGUUUCUUACGGAUAUUGUAAAAACACUGGAUAUCACCCCGCUAACUCGAUCAUGGGCAGCAAACGUGUCGUCUUCUGAUAACGAAACUACGAAGACUGGGCCUCAUAUACUGAAGACCAACUACCGUACCGACUGCUGUGAAAAUGGCGGGAUCUGCGUUUUGGGCAGUUUUUGCAAAUGUCCAAAGAAAUAUCACGGUCGCUACUGCCAGCACAAACAUCGUCGUCGUCCCUGUGGCGAUACUGAACACAGGGAAUGGGAACAGGUGAGCUGUAAUAUGUGCUACUGUUACGAUGGAAUCCUAACUUGCUUGCCGCAGGUCUAUGACGACGUUGAGAAUUGUGAUAAAACCAAAACAAAGAUAUUUAUCAAAGAUUUUCGUCUAGAAUGGAGGGAAAAAAGAAAGGAGCUAAAGGCCAAAGGGAUGUGGGACAGUCACAAGGGUCGACCAAAGAUAUCUGCAGCAAAUAAUGCUAAAUCUUUUAGCAAACUUCUAUUAGCAGCCUGCAUUUAUUUCAUGUGCCAAAUGUUAUAAAACAUUCUAUACCGUUAACAGUCUGAGAAAUUAUCAGCAUUAUUAAAAGCUACCACAAUGCCCAAUAGUUAUCAUAUUUCAUAUACAUCAAAGCAGAUCAUAAUAUCUUGCCAGGGAUAAUUGAAAUGGUGGGCAAGCUUCAAAGGUAAAGACCAGAAGCAGUUCAAGUGGGCUUCAAUGUAGGGCAUUUGUGAAAAUGAUAAGAAUAUAUUUUCAAAUAUUAUUAUUCUUGUACGAGCAGCAAUGUUUUAAAGACUUAGCUGCCCCAUGGUUUAUACAUGUCAAUGAAAUGCCUAUCAAUGAGAUUCUCUCCAUUCAGUGCAAUAUAAAUUCACAUUACUAAAUGCUAUGGUAUUAUUAAUGUCAACUUCAGUAGUGUUCAUUUUCUUUUAAUUGACAAUUCAUAUAUAAGUGAUUCACACUGGUUAUUAGAGACACUGAUGCACAUUGUUAUUCUUUGAAGCAGAGUGGUAUUGUAGUAUUUUUGUUUUAUUACAAAUGUGUCAUGAAGCCACAAUCUCUUCAAUUUUGUUCUCUUGACUUUAACUCCGAGUGAAACAUGCAAUCUUCAGCACUGGUAAAAACUAGAAAAUGACUAGUAACAUUUGUUUUUAAUGCUUCAAAUGCACAAUAUAAAAUGUGUAGCAUUCACAAUGCUGAUCAUGAAUGUCUUGCUGGCAAAUUUAUGGCUCACAGCAUAAUUGUUGUUCCACAGACAUAAUUGUCAGCUUUGUUCAUCCUUUGUUCAUCCAGAGUAAUAUAUUUGUAUGUAGGGUAUAGUUUCAAACUAUAUCAUAUAAUUUAGGUACAUUAUUAUUUCAAGUUGAAUCCUUUACUAAAUGAACAGCAUGAUUGAACACAAUCAGAACCCAAUGUAUUAUAUAUUAGCAUGUAUUAUGCAAAAUAAAUUAUCUUCAUCUCCACCACAAUAUGUGAGAGCCAAGUCAUGAUACUGUUAUAUGCCAUGAUAAUCCCUGUUUAUAGCAAGAUAACUUGUACAUCAGCUGCGAAAGAGAUGUCUGGCCAUGUAAUAAGGUUACAAGUACACUUAGAGAGCAUAUUCUCCUUAACACAGUAAAAAUUUGGCAAUGACCAAAGAGUGGAAACUAGCAAUUAAUCAUUAAAUGACCCUGUUAAGCCCAGGGGAUUCCAUUGAUUCUCAGACAUAAUAUCUGAGCUAAAAAGCUGUCAAUCUUGCAAAAAUAAAUAAAUAAAUAAAAUAUUAAAGAUGGAUCACUAAAAUAGAAUGCCCCAUGUGAAAAUGUCUUUCGUCAUCAGCUGUGAUCCAAUCAGAGAACUUGCAUUUUUAAAUCCCUUCCUGGUUGUCAUGUUUUUGCAUUUCCAAUUAACCUUUUCCAAAGCAUUUCUUUAUGAUAUACAACAAUACAAAGAUACUAUGUAUCAGUAUUAUCAUAUUUUUGCAAUAACCCCAAUAAUCCCUACAAAAGGCAAGAUAGAACUAGAGGAUCAGAGAGGCGAUACCGCCUCCGAAUAUUGUACCACCAGCUGGAGCAAGCGCAUUCGUAUAGAC